AUGGUUGAUUUAAAAUUUUAUGAAAAAUUUAAUACUCUUCUGAGUGAAAAAAAUUCGAAUAAUGUAUUUUUAAGCAAAGUAAAAUAUAACCAAGUAUUAACAGAAGUCAAACGGUUAAAAAGUGGAGCAAAAUUAAAACCAAAUGAUUAUAAAUUAUUGAAGCGCUAUGAUAUAAUGAAUGUAAGUAAUAUUGAUAAAUUAAUUGUUCCGGUAACUGAUCCAAAUACUAUCAAAUAUUAUGUUUAUAAUGAAGAGUUGUAUAACAUAAUUCAUGACGUCCAUUUGCAAACUGGACAUGGAGGUAGAAACCGGAUGGAACAUGAACUGAACGCAAAAUAUAAAAACAUUACUAGGGAAUGUUUAAUGAUAUAUUUAAAUCUAUGUGAAUUGUGUCAGAGAAAAGGUAAAACUGUGAAAAAAGGGCUAGUUGUUAAACCAAUAAUUUCUUCAGAAAUGAAUUCUCGUUGUCAAGUAGAUUUGAUUGACAUGCAAGCUCAACCUGAUGGAAAUUAUCGAUUUAUUUUAGUUUACCAAGAUCACUUAACGAAGUAUGUUUUACUUAAACCAUUAACACACAAACGUGCAGAGGAAGUUGCCUAUAUAUUACUUGAUAUUUUUACUACAUUUGGAGCUCCGUGUAUCUUACAAAGUGAUAAUGGUAGAGAAUUUGUUAACAAGGUUAUUGAAGAGUUAUGUAGUAUGUGGGAAGAACUGAAAAUCGUACAUGGAAAGCCACGGCAUUCACAAAGCCAGGGCUCCGUUGAAAGGGCUAACCAGGACGUAGAAAAUAUGCUUGCCACCUGGUUAACAGAUAACAAAACUAAUAAAUGGAGCGAGGGACUUAAAUUCGUUCAGUUUAUGAAAAAUAGAAGUUUACAUCACGGAAUUAAGUGUUCUCCUUAUGAGGCUAUGUUUGGUACACGUGCAAAAAUAGGCCUGAAAUCUACUUCUCUACCAGAAAGUAUCAUACAUAAACUCAAAUCUGAUGAAGAUUUAGAAACUGCACUGAAUUCUAUAAAUACCACAUAUGAAAUAAAUGCUGAGAAACACAUUGAAAAAAAAUCUAUUGAUACGUCUUCUGAAGAAAAUAUUGAUAUUGACGAAGAACCAGCUGAUAUUAUACAAUCAAGAAAGGAAACGAUAGAAAAAAAAAGAAGAGAAUCGUUGCAUAAUUUGAAUGUUCAAGCUUCAAAAAUGAAGACUAACUCAGAAAAUCGACUUCGUGAAGGCAAAAUUGGCGAAAGCGUUAAAAUUAGAAUACCUGAUGUUGAUAAAGCACGGAGUGAUCUGCGAUCCAUUUUAGGAGUCAUUAUGUCUGUAAAAAACAAUAAUUAUGAAAUUGGUACCACUGAAGGUAAACUUCAACAACUUUAUGCUAGAAAUCAAUUUGAAAUAUGCAAAGAGUCAUUUGUCCAGAUUGAAACAGUACCAACAACACCUCCGAUAUCAUUAAGAGAAGCAGCUAGAAAAUUUUCUAAUCUUGGCGGUCAAGGAUAUGACCGGUGUAACUGUAAACAGCAAUGCAAGACAAAUAAAUGUAAGUGUAGGGCUGCAGGUAGACUAUGUACUUCUAAAUGUCACGAUAGCUUAAGUUGCCAUAAUAAAUAA